AUGACACUGCAAUUUCCGCCCUGGCGACACGACUCUGAACUGGCCAUGGUCCGAGACUGGUUCUUUCCGGACCGGGCGAAGCAGGAAUUGUAUUCCACCAUCCUAUCCCACACCUCGCAAGACCUGAGGCAGCGUGCUAUUGACAGGGUCAACCUCUGGCUGUUCAAGGCCGGCCACCUACCUCCGGCGCUGGUAGCAACGGCAAGCUUGACCGAUGCUUUGAUCCACGAUGAAUCACGGAGGUCGUUAUCCGUUACUACCAUCUCGGACCUAGCCAUGCAGAGCAUAUAUGCUAUGGCGUUUGCGAGGUUUGUCAAUGGAUUCGUUGACCGUGAUGUCGCCCGUUCAUAUGCUGCCGAAAUGGCUCGGGAUGAUACUCCUGAGGGAGAAGAAGUGACUCGAUUCUCAGCAAGUGCUGCCAAAGGUGAAAGCUCCAUGUAUGCUCACGCUGCCACGAUCGGGAUGCCCCAGAGAUUCGUCGAUCUCCGUCAUCAGGUCACACACGCUGACAUGCCCAAUCUGAUGUAUCUGAGAAGAAUGACAGAGCAGGCCCUGGACUGGAUUUGGGAGAGGUGGUGGGUCAAGAAUGUGACUGGCCACCCGGAACGUGCAUUGAGGGAACUCGAAGAUAGGCGGCGGACGUCACGAGAGGCAAGAGAUGCGACAGCAUGGUUUUAG